UUCUCCCCAGAUGGUCGGCGACUUGUAACAUUGGGAUCUGAAAGUCAUCUUCAACUCUGGGAUGUAAAAACAGGGUCUUUGAUCAUCCACAUGAUUGCUGGGGAAAUAGUAGAUAGUGUACAUUGUGCUGCUUACUCACACAAUGGCACACUCAUCGCUUCAGGAGGUGCUAAGGGAAAUAGCACAAUCUCACUAUGGGAUGGAGUCAAUGGAAAGCUGUUACAACUCCUUCCUCGACAAUAUCAAUCUACCAUAAAAUUCCUUCUGUUUGCUCUACAAGAGAGGUUUGGGGUGUGA